UUUCAAUAUGUCAACGAAACAAACCAAACCCAAAGCAAAUCCAACACCUCCAAAGUUUACUCUCUCUGUAAAUGUGACUGACUGUCUAUUCUUAGAAAACUCUCUCUCUGUCCUCUUGCAACGCAUGGUUGUCCUCUUCCUCUCUUGAUGUGGUGAUCUUAUCCCCAGUCUUUCUAGAGAAGGAUUUUCAUUUCUACCACAGAUCUACCACCGCGCAUGAGUUCGUGGGCAUGUCUAUACUGAUUGCUUAGUUUCUUCUUCUUCACUCAUUAUUGCAUAACAUGGAGGUUGAAUAUCACGAGGAGUAUAUAAGGAAUUCCAGAGGAGUUCAGCUCUUUACUUGCAGAUGGUUGCCUUUCUCUUCUCCAAAGGCUCUUGUUUUCCUUUGCCAUGGUUAUGGCAUGGAAUGCAGUGAUUUCAUGAGAGGAUGUGGGACCAGGCUAGCGAGCUAUGGGUACGCUGUGAUUGGGAUGGACUAUGAGGGGCACGGGCGAUCCAUGGGCGCCCGUUGUUACAUCAAGAAGUUCAACAAUAUCGUCAAUGACUGUAGCAACUUUUUCAAAUCUGUUUGUGCACAGGAAGAAUACAGGGAUAAGAAAAGGUUCUUGUAUGGCGAAUCGAUGGGAGGAGCAGUCGCUCUACUAAUACACAAGAAGGACCCGAAUGUCUGGCACGGUGCUGUGCUCGUUGCACCCAUGUGUAAGAUAUCAGAGAAGGUGAAACCACACCCGGUGGUUGUGAACAUACUGACAAAAGUAGAAGAGAUCAUACCUAAAUGGAAGAUAGUCCCCACAAAGGACGUCAUUGAUUCAGCCUUCAAGGACCCUGUCAAGCGAGAAGAGGUUCGUAACAACAAGUUGAUAUACCAAGAGAAGCCAAGGUUGAAAACAGCGCUGGAAAUGCUCAGAACUAGCAUGAGCCUUGAGGACAGUUUAGACAAGGUGACGCUACCAUUCUUCGUGUUGCACGGUGAGGCGGAUACAGUGACAGAUCCAGAAGUGAGCAAGGCAUUGUAUGAACAAGCCAGCAGCAAGGACAAGACCAUAAAACUGUACCCGGGAAUGUGGCAUGCUUUGACAUCAGGCGAGUCAGACAGCAACAUUGAGAUUGUCUUCUCCGACAUCAUUGCUUGGCUUGACAAGCGAUGCGUGGAUGGCAACGGUCUUUCUAUGCAACCAAUGAACCAUUCGGAUCACCCUGCUAUUGAAGAAUUUACGCCCAUCAUAUCACCACCAUCGACAGGAGAUCGACAGAAGCCCCAGCGAACACGGUUGCCGGCCAACUACUUUUGUGGGUGGGCGGGGCGUCGAAUGCACCACCAUCACCACCACUCUUCGAUGUAACAAUGGCUUUUUCUUCAUUUUCUUUUCAGUGUGUCAAAGUGAAUUGCAAAAGGGACAUUAAAACAAAAAUUAAGUUUCUAUUGAUAAACUUAGGUGAAGAUGUUGAGUUGAUCUAAUUGCAAUGGCAAGGUGUCUGGGAAGUUAUUGGGUGUAUUAUACAACUAAAUCAUGGACUUAUUUUAAAGUGUUUUUAUUUUUUAUUUUUUAGAGAUAUUAUUAUACUUUGGUAGACUAA